GGACGGAGGGAGGGAGGGAGGCGAGGAAGUACUUAGAGAGGAGCCGCAUCAUCUGUGCAGUGGUGGAAGCAACAUCUCCUGGUUGCAGUCCGACAGCGAGGCAAACAGCAUUUUCCCGAUUUAUCUCUGAAACUGUUACUCAGUGACGCGGCGAUGUGGAUUUACAAUAUCGUUUUCGUACUCUUCGUCAUUUCUUGUUCUGAGGGACGAAGAAAUGCGCUCCAGGACUACCAGAAGACUGAUGGCGUACGACUGCUUGUUGUGGCUCCCGACUCUACCCACCUGACCAAAAGCAGAAAGCUGAGCAUGGCUAAAUGUGCCAAAGCUUGCAGCCGCAACAAAAGAUUACCCUUUACAUGCAGAGCAUUUCUGUAUGAUCAUAAAAACAGGAAAUGCCAGUGGCUGUCAUUCGACAGGAUCUCGCCAGGAACUCAGAUGCAGCAAGACUUCAACUACCAACUCUAUCAAAAGAAAGACUAUGUCAGAGAGUGCAUCGUGGGUACAGGUCAGAGCUACAGGGGGCGGAGGUCAGUGACAGUGAGUGGGAUCCUGUGCCAAGCCUGGGCCUCUCCUAUUCCUCAUGAGCACAAAUUCAUGUCUAAGAGAUUCAGGAAGAAGGAUCUGAGAGAAAACUACUGUCGCAACCCUGACAACUCCACUGUCGGACCGUGGUGCUUCACGACUGACCCCCGACCCCACCUCAGACACCAGGAGUGUGGCAUACCGCAGUGUUCACAGGUUGAGUGUAUGAACUGUAAUGGAGAAGAUUACAGAGGACCCAUGGACCACACAGAGAGUGGGAGGGAAUGCCAGCGCUGGGACCUUGAUGAACCACACAAACACCUGUACCAUCCCAAGAGGUAUCCUGACAAGGGACUGGAUGAUAACUACUGUCGGAAUCCAGACGGACGCCACAGAGCCUGGUGCUUUACCACAGACCCAAAUACACCCUGGGAAUACUGCAACAUCAAAGUCUGUGAAACACCUCAGAAACUAAAUGUAGUGGAAACAACUGAGUGCUACCAAAGCAAAGGAGAAGGUUAUAGGGGGACAGUAGAUGUGACGCCUACUGGACUCAUCUGCCAACGCUGGGACUCUCAGUAUCCCCAUAACCACACAUUCAUACCUCAAGCCUACCCCUGCAAGGAUCUGAGAGAGAACUACUGCCGGAAUCCAGAUGGGCAAGAAUUCCCCUGGUGCUUCACUACGGACCCAAGAGUCCGCACAAUGCCCUGCACCAACAUCCCUCAAUGUGGCGCCCAAAACAAGCCUGUCAGUGACUGUUAUGAAAGCUUUGGGGAGACAUACCAAGGAGAGCAGUCAAGGACUAGAUCAAACCUUCCUUGUGCUCCCUGGAGGGACCACAGCAACAGCGGCGAGAGGGGCAUACUGAUGGCUGGCCUGGAAGGAAACUACUGCAGAAACCCUGAUAAAGAUAAACAUGGUCCAUGGUGUUAUACCAACAACUCUGCGAUACCCUGGGACUACUGCAGUGUAAAGCCAUGUGAUGCUUCACAGAACACCAUUCCAAUGGGUGAGCUGUCCUCUGUGGGGUGUUUUGUUCAUAAAAGAACCAGGAUCGUGGGUGGAGGUCCGGUGAGAAUAUCAGACGGCAGCUGGAUGGUCAGCAUACAGAAAGGGUCCAUGCACUGGUGUGGGGGGUCACUAAUACGAGAGGAGUGGGUACUCACUGACAGACAGUGCUUCUCUUCAUGUGUUCCAGACCUCAGCGAGUAUCAGGUGUGGCUGGGAGUCUCUGAUAUUCAAGAGGGUGCUCCUGACUGGUCCAAGAGACAGGAAGUCAGCAUAGCUCAUGUGAUAUGUGGCCCAGAGGGCUCCAGUUUAGCCCUCAUAAGACUGUCUAAGCCUGCCCUUCCUGCAGACAAUGUCCAUACGAUUCAGCUACCUGUAGCUGGGUGCUCCAUCCGAGAUGGAACAAUAUGUAAAAUGUACGGAUGGGGAGAGACUAAAGGCACUGGCCAUGAUGACGUAUUAAAAGAAGUUGACCUGCCCAUUGUCAGUAAUGAGAGAUGCAGAGAGAUGCACAGAGGGAGCCUCCACAUCACCAACACCAAGAUCUGCGCAGGAGGCAAGAGGAAUGAGGGAGUGUGUGAGAGGGAUUAUGGUGGCCCUCUUGUGUGUCAGGACGGUGACAUUCGGGUUAUUGUGGGAGUGAGUGUCCAUGGCAGAGGCUGUGCUCGGGCCAACCAGCCUGGCAUCUUCAUCAAUGUGCCCUUUUACACGCAGUGGAUCUACAAGGUCUUCAAACAUUACCCUAACCCAGAGAUUGUCUAGAGACUCAGAGAAUAAAACACAAACUGGAGGACUAAAUUAAACCUAGAACAUCUACUUUUGUAACUCCAGCAGAGCACUCAGGACAUCUUGUUUCUAUGUUGUUCAUGACAUACAUUAGCCGACAGAUCAAUAAUAAAAACAACUGAUCUGAGGAUAAGAUGAAUGGAUGAACCACUGCAGUGAGAUUGAAACACAACAUUGACAGAUACCACACUGAUUCUGAGAGUCAUUGAUGGAAAGAGGAGUAAAAGCAAUACUGUUCUGAUCUAAUAUAGAAGAUUAGUUCCACAAGCAGUUAAUAGUAAAAGAUGGGACCCAGUGCGAGUUGAACGUUACAGUAACAAACAAGAAUGUCUUUGAGUUAUGAGUAGACCCAGUGAGACCAGUCCAACAAAAAUUUCACCACCCGUGAUCUGUGAUUUUCAUAUGGUAGCAAAUCCACCAGAGUGGUAUGUGUGCAUGUGAAUACUCUUGAUUCCUGGCAUUACUUGAACAUUUUGAAGACCAAAGUGCAGUGGUUCGGCAGCUCCUUCUGUAGAAAUACAUCAAUGGGCCACUUAGAAAAUUAUCCAGUGGUAGAGCAAUGUUAAGGGCACUUUAAUCAAGCUUCACACAUCUCCAGGGGGCUCUGAUAAAGCGGUCCUUAUUGUACAUAGUAUUUUAAUGAGUGUAUUUAUGACACUCUAACAGUGAUUUGGGUCUUAUAGAUCUAUGACAUGAGAAAAUGAAUGUGACGGUAGGCAGAUAAAGGUGUCGACGCUUUAGCUUUCAAUCAAGUUUCUGUCUCAUAUUGAUGUCAGUUGUACGGAAACACCAAUAUGAACUCCACUUGCAGUAUUCGAUCUUUACCACAAAGCCACUGACUGUAUAUAUAUGAACAUGUAUGUAAGAUGUGUGUUCUGUGUAGAUACAAAUUAUGUAUGGCAGAUAAACUUUUACAGGAUUUGAAAAAAAUAGUAGAAAAUGUGUACACUCAAACUCUUUUUAAACAAAACCUGUUAUUUCCUCACAUAAUUUGUCACUGUGUGUGUGUGUGUAUGGCGCUGCAAUAAUUAGUCGAUUAAUCAAUUAGUCCAGCGAGAAAUUUAUUGCCAACUAUUUAGAUAAUCAAUAAAACACUUUAGUCAAUGCCAAUGUCUACUAAUGUCAGUUUUCUCUGUUUGAUAUGAUUGUAAAUGGGAGUUGGUCGAACAUAACAGGACAUUUGAAGACGUCACCUUGAACUGUUGAAAAUUACAACAGCACUCACUUCACUAUUUCACUAUUAUCUGACAUUUUACAGACUAAAUGAUUACUCGAGAAAAUAAUUAGUAGCAGCUGUAUGUGUGUGCAUCUGUUUUGUAAAUUUCACUGCAGCAGUGUCUGUAUGCAAAAAGAAAACUGCAGAAGGAGUGUGUGUGUGUGUGUGUGUGUGUGUGUGUCUGUUAUCCUCUCCCCACACUUAGACUUUGGCAGACCUCCAAUCCCCAUCCACUCUGGAUAUUAGCAUCACAAAAUCUGUCACUUUAAACUUUGUCAUGGAAAAGGAAGGAUGGUCUUCGUAACUACAUUGUCUGUAAUGGAUGCAUCACUGGGAUGACUGAAUGGCCCUUGAAACAAAUUAACACACCUCUUUUACUAGUGAAAAUGAUCAAGAUGGCUUUAUAUUAUAACUACAUCAUGUUAUGAGAGUGAGAAAAUGAAUAUCUCUGUGUGUGUGUGUGUGUGUGUGUGUGUGUGUGUGUGUGUGUGUGUGUGUGUGUGUGUGUGUGUGUGUGUGUGUGUGUGUAUACACUGAAAGAUGCUGCAAGCUGCUAUACUCCACAGGUUGUACAGUAAUGUCUUAUGUUUUCUGUAUAAUAUGCAUUCACUAUACAUUUUCAUCAUUGUCAUCU